AUGAUGCAGCCCUCAGAAACAGUUGAGAUGCAGGAUAUGGCCCAACCACCCGCAAGUGCCCCGCUCGCACCACAAGGAGGACAGCAACGAGAUGUUGAAGCCCGUUUCCAAGUGGCACCUCAAGAGCCAAGAGAGCGUGGAUGUGUCGAAUUAUUGUGUAUUGGAAUUUCUUGGUUUCUUCUCAUCAUCACUUUCCCUUUCUCACUUUGCCACCUCAUGACCUUUUUUCCGAUCGUCCAAGAGUACCAACGUGCCGUUGUUUUCCGUCUUGGACGUCUCAUUCCGGACGUUAAAGGACCCGGUAUCUUCUUCAUCAUCCCUUGCAUCGACCAGUUCCUCAACAUUGAUCUCCGCGUUGUCUCGUAUAACGUUCCAUCGCAAGAGAUCCUCUCUCGAGAUUCGGUAACCGUAUCUGUUGACGCAGUUGUCUACUUCAAGGUUUUUGACCCAAUUACAUCGGUCGUUGGAGUUGAGAACGCGACUGAAUCCACUAAGCUUCUAGCUCAAACUACACUUCGUACAAUUCUCGGAUCCCACACCCUGUCUGAAAUUCUAUCCGACCGUGAGAAAAUCUCGGCCGAUAUGAAAAUCGGCCUUGACGAGGCUACUGAGCCAUGGGGAAUCAAGGUUGAGCGUGUCGAGCUUCGUGAUGUCCGUCUUCCAUCUCAAAUGCAACGCGCGAUGGCUGCCGAGGCUGAGGCCAGCCGUGACGCAGGAGCAAAGAUUAUCGCUGCCGAGGGAGAACUGAGAGCAUCUGCCGCUCUUGCGGAAGCCGCUACGGUCAUUUCAAAGUGCGAGGGAGCCAUGCAGCUGCGCUAUCUUCAUACCCUAAACGCAAUCAGCUCCGAGAAGACCAGCACCAUCAUCUUCCCAUUCCCAAUGGAAAUGUUCGCCGGAAUCAAGACAGGAGGAGCCACGAGCGGUGCGAAUUUCCCAGUUCAAGAGAUGGUACAAGCCGCUCUUCAAAAUAUCCAACGCCAGGAUACAAUUCCAGCCACCGCCUCAUCCGGAGGAAGCCGAUUCUAA